AUGGGUAUGUUGGCACAAGAGCUCAACGUUCGAACGGAAAGUUUGUCCAAAGCAGUGACAGCGGUGGCGGAUCUUUCCUCGAUGGUGAGAGAUGGGGCGAUGGUCUUGGAGGGUCAAGUGAAGGACGCUUCCGAUGAGAGGCAAUGUCUGGUGGCCCAGAUGAACCGUGUGUGGAAGAAUCAAGAGGAUUUCUCUGCACGCCUAUUGGCACUUGAAGGUGCUGCAUCGCGACUGGAAGAAAGCAGCAUGCAACAGCAGGCUGCGCUCCAGGAACUUGAUCUUAAGCUGGGUGGCCUGAACCUGGCGUUCGACCAGGCCAGGGAGGCCGUUCAGCAGUUGCAGGAUGAGGACCCUGCAAGCCUCGAGUCUGCAGUGGGGACGAUGCGCUCACAAACUGCACUCCUGAGUACAACUAUGACACGUCUGGAAGCCUUGUCGCAUGAUGUGGAACUGGCAAACAGGCGAGUUGCCCAACAGGAAGCUGCGUCUAAGAAGGACCUCGAGCAGUUGGCGUCAGUGACGGAUGCCACAGUGAAGCUUGAGGCCAGAUGCGAGCAGAUAGAAAGGGCGUUGGAGGAGCGAGGCCAGCUGAUGGCCCCAGUUCCUGAGCGGACUGUGCGAUUCCAACAGACUUCGAAGCCGCCUGAGGUGGCCAAGCCUACGACUUCCUGGCAACCUCUUCCAGGAACUGAAGGGACCCAGGUGCAGAGAUUUGAGAUGUCUCCCCAAUCUUUACAGCAGCCUGCCAUCGACGAGUGGUACACUGCUGAGGAGGAGGGGGAGGGGCCGGCUAGCUGGGACUUUUCUUGGAAACCACCUGGCUUGUUUCAGCCUCAGUCAUUGGGUCGGGACAUGCUUUUGAAAAGGUGCCCGCUGGACAGUGGAAGAGCAAUUGCAGCUGUGGUGGCUUCUUCCUUUGGUGCUUUCUUCAGACGACGGAUGAAGGAGGCCUUGGAUCGCUAUCAACAGCGCCAGAGUAGCGGUGUGGAAGAGGAUGUCCCGAGCAUCCCACCAGAAGAAAGAGAAUAUGAGACUCGUUUGGGAGUCAUGCUCAUCAAGGUACUGCCUGCAUCCAUCAGACAACCGGUGAUGGAGCGCACAACAAGCUUGGAGGAGCCGUUGUCCACCCUCUUGCUUUUGGAGUCGGUGAUCGAGCGGUUCUCGCCCGGUGGCACAUCUGAGAUGACAUCAUUGUUGCAGUAUCAGCGGUGUCUUCCGACGGCAAAUUCUUAUAAGGAGCUCCUGGAAAUCUUGCGGAAGUUUGAUUUGGCACGAACUCGGACGACGUAUUUGCAGUUGCCUGGGCUACCAGCCCAUGAGGUCAUCAAAUCUCUCGAUGGUCUGACUCGGACGUUGGAAAGAAAAAAUCCCGCGUUGGCCAUGAGAUUGAACUUGAUUCGGAUGACGCCUGAGGUAAUGGUACCAUCGGAGACUGGGGUUCAGAGGAUGCUCACUACGUUGGUGCAAGAGGGCCGACGACUGCAAGCUGAGGACGAGAUCUCCAAGAGCAAGUCAAAUCAGGUGUACAUUGAGGACUCUCAAGCUUCCCAGGCCGCAGGACGACAUGCCGGAAAAGGAAAGGGGCGAAGUCCAAAGGACACUGUGUGCAAGUUCCACAUGAUGGAGCGCGGGUGCAUGAAGGGUGAGGCUGAUCGUUCGGAAGUGUUGUCGUACAUCACCGACCAGUCGAUAGCAUUGACUUCCGACGAAACUUUCUCGGCACGUUCGAGGUCUGAACAGGGAAUUGAGGAUGAGAAUGAGUCUGAUGUGCAUCCUUUAGCUGGCGUAGAUCAGGAAGGGCGUGAGAACAUCACUCCUGUUCGACAUCCGCUAUGGUAUCUUGUGAUGUCACCUGAGGAGUUCCUACAGUGGCAACACAAUUCGUCAUGGAUCUGCACUCGGGCAUGCGAUCAGUUCCGAAGGGUGAAUAGUCCAACUGCCAUUGCUAUCGGCAUCUGGUUUACUCUGGCAUGGGAAGGCUAUCCUGAAGCAAUCUCGGAUGUGGAGGUUGGAGAGGAACAAAUCAUCCUCCAAGCCCGCCGGGUGUUGGUGAUGCAUGAGGAUGGCGUAGCAAGACAAGGCUAUGUGGUGUGGGUGAUGGAUACCGAUAGUGGACAAGAGCAAUUCUUGGCACUGUCAGAGUGGGAAACGGAAGAGGCCCCCAGAUUUUUCCCAGAGGCCAAGCGCGUCUUCCAGUGGGCCACCAGUGAGCAAACAACUCCCAGUGGCGAGACUGUCAAUGGUUUCCGGACCAAGGAUGGCGAAGUGGUACUGAAUGCGUCGGGCAGUGAGUGGAUUCUGGGGGUCGUGAGGAUCAUAGAGAUUGGAGGUAAAUUUUCAUGGUCCAGUCAAGAAGCCGUGAUAGAGUACCCGUACAUGGGGCAAACGCAGAAGGUACGAUGCUCUGUGCUGAAUGGACUCCCGUAUCUUGGUUGGUCUCAGUUCUCUCAGAUCCGGAAGGUUCUGUCGAAACACUGGCAGGACAAUGGCUUCAGGAUGAAGGCAGCGGCGGUUGCAGCAGGUGAGCGAGAGAACCUGCACAUCAAGCUGGAGGACCUGGUAGAGUGGACGAGUCUGGAAGCUGAAGCCCAUGAGGUACGUUGUGAGGAGAAGGGCUAUGAAAGCCUUCUUCUCAAGGACAAGCUCACGAGGGAAGAUAUUCAGCAGGCGUUUGAUUUGGCAGCCUUGACUUCUACGAGGACUUCUACGAGGACUCAGCGAGCCAAGGUAAUGUGUGAUGGGACUGAGGGAUCCAAGGUGAGAGCUUGGAUCUUUGGAGGCUAUGCUCACGGAGGGAUGAGUGGUGUCACGAAGGUCACAAAGCAACACCCUACACUUGCCAAACUGUUGGCAAGGUACUUCAGACAGGAAAUGCCCGAUGCUAGAUUUGGAUCUAUCGCCGUGUUGGAUUCGGUGGCGUUGGAGCCCCAUCGAGACAACAACUCCAAGGACUACCUGACGUACAUCACCACUUUCACGGACUAUGAUGGGGGUGAGUUGUGGGUCCAGGAUGAGUCGGGAGAGGACUUCCGCUUGAUCAAGUCGGAUGAAGAUCCUGUGCGUGGGACGAAGAUAUCAAUCAAGGAGGGGGUGUACGCUUUUGAUGGACGGCGCUGGCAUGGAACGGAACCCUUCGAUGGCCGACGGCUGGUAGCAGCAGCAUACACUCCGAGAAAUUAUAAAUGCUGGACCGAGGAGUUGAGGAUGGAACUGUCAGAGCUUGGGUUCCCAAUCGCUGAGACUGGUGACCUCGAACGGUCCCAGACGCUGGAGGGUAAGAGCUUAGUCGCGGUUGCAUCUAAGACUCUUGCUCAGGAGGACGUGAGCCGGAAGAUGAUAGCAGCGUUCCAAGCUACAGCAGUCCCAUUUGGGGAGUGCUUACUGGAUUCGAAGGGCUGGAACACGCUGGAGGAGCGCCGAGCACUGCACACACACAGCUUCCAGAGCCCCACCACAGCAUGCAAUCAAGGCCCCGUCCUCACAGGGUCAAAUCUCACACACAUCAGCUCCGCAGCAGAAGUGAUUGAUGUUGAUGAUGAUGGUGAUGUUGAGGGUCUGGGGGAGUCAGAGGCCGUAGAUAAGUCUCACACCGAGAUACUUGAGCCAUGGGAUUUGGAAAAGUAUACGCCUGCCACAGAGGAAGAUGCUGCCUUGUGUGAUUUGUGGAAGCAUUGUCGUGAGGGCUUGUAUUGUAAGACCGAUGAGGCAUGUUUGAGAGGUCGUGGACAUCGCAGGCCACACCGAAAGAUAGCCGCUCAGGACAUCCAAGAUGGCGUAAUAUCUCUUGAUCUGUCGGGUCCGCAUCGGAAGUCGUAUGCUGGAAACAAGUAUGCUGUUGUGGCGUGUGUACACUUGAAAGGUCCGCAGAAUUUGUCUUUUGUCCGACCUGUGCCGAAUAAGGAGGCGAAAACGGUAGCGGAUGCUGUGCGGGAUAUCUUGUACCAGUUGUUGUCUAUGACUGGAGGUGAACAAGUGACGUUUCGCAUACAUUCGGAUCAGGGCAAAGAGUUCGUGGCCAAGUUGACACAGGACGCUUUGAAGCCUUUCAAUCACUUCAGGACUUUUUCUGUGCCGUACUCACAUGCCAGCAAUGGUAGGGUGGAGGCUACAAUUGACGCUCUCAAGAGUUCUACAGCGACGUUUCUGCUUGGGGGUGGUUUGGAUGUACAGUUUUGGGAUAUGGUCAUGGUGCAUAGCGCAAAACUUCAACGGAUGCGUGCUUUGAACAUCCCAAUUCCAAAGGAUCUUCCUGUGCCUGGAGAUUAUGUUUUGUGCAGAUUGCCGGCAGAUCUACUUCCAGAUUUAACCGACAGGACAGAACGCGGAAUCUUCAUGGGCCUCACUGAGCAUACCGCAAAUGGUUCAAAGGUGCUAGUGGAAAGAGGUGGACGCUUGGUGAUAAGGGAGGUAAGGCUACCUAUCUUGCUGAAUCGUGUGAGUGAAAGAUGGAGAGUGGCCACACAUCCGCGCUCAGAGGAGUCGAUAUGGGUCUCUACACGGGGCAAAGUUGCGUGGGAUGCGCCACCUGCCUCUGAAGUGUUGACGCUUGAGGAACGCCGGGGAGUAGACGUGAGAGACCCGGAGAGUAUUCCUGAAAGACUUGCGGAGCUGCUGGACAAGAAGAGGGAUGCUGAAAGCGUGCGGGAGAUUUUCAACCUUUUUUCGCAUGGGGUUUUGCACAAAGGACCGGACGCGGCCGUUGCUAGUAUGGUGAACAAUCCAACAGCAGAUGAACAUCCUGAGAAGCAUGUUGCGGUUGAAGAUCAGCAAGCUGAUGCCCCAGACUACCCAACUUCGUCAAAGAAGAACAGAUACACCGUGAUGUCGUAUGGUGAGGAACAGUUGGCCAAUCGAGUGGAACAAGAGCUGAUUGAGGCUAGCAUAGCACCAGCGCAAGCUGAGGUUGUAGGUCUUGAGGGCUUCUAUGGGGAAAACAGAGAGGCGUGGAAAAUGUCGCUGGAGAAGGAGGAUGCCAAGAUGGAUGGAGCUCUAGAAGAGGCUCUACCUGAAGAGCUGAGGUCCAAGUUGGGGCUGCCUCCGGAUGCGCCAUUGCCAAAGCCUAUACCCAGCAAAGUCGUGUGUACCCUGAAGCCUAACAUCGACGGUUCCUCGGAGAAGCUUGAAAAAAGUCGCUUGUGCGCCUGCGGAAACUUUGAGCAAGGAGUGGACGAUAAUGGGGAACCCUGGAGUUCACCUAAUAUUCCACCAGAAAUCGUGAGAUGUUUUACUUCUCUGGCAGCGAGCAAUGUCACGUGGACACUUGGCAGUCUGGAUGUUGAGGCGGCAUUUCUGAACGCGGAAAUCACAUCAGGAGACCCGGUUAUUAUCAUGCCCCCGAAAGUCAUGAAGGACUUGGGUAUGGUGCGCCCUCGAACCUUGUGGAUUGCCAGAAGAUUGAUCUACGGCCUUCGCCGAGGACCGACAGAAUGGGAGCGCGAAAGAGACCAUAAGGUUGAUCAUGCAAAGCUGGAGGCAAAGGAUGGUGAUCGUCAUGGCGCUCUACACUUGAAGCCGUUAAGCUUGGCUGCCGGACUAUGGAAGGUGACCAACUCUAAGGGAGAAACGCUGGGAGCCUUUUGUUGCUAUGUUGACGACGGCUUGGUGGUUGGGGAUGCGGAAAUCAUCAGACGGGUGAUGGCUUUUGUGAAGAGUCUAUGGGCAGUAAAGGGGCAAGGAGUCUUGAACAAGGAGGGCGCUGGGGUCGAGCAGGGCAUCCAAGUUGAUGAAGACAUGGUGCUACUGCCAAAGACUGAGUUGCGCUUCUUGGGGGUAGAGAUUGAGGUGGAUGGAGCCAAUCUAGCGUUGCAUCAGCACAAGUAUAUGGCAUGUGAGUUGCGAAAGCGCGGAUGGUUGGACCUCAAAGGCAGUGACUGCCUACCUACGCCUAAGGAGGGCUUACUGGCUCCGCCACUCAGAGACGAGACGUUUGAGCAAACCAAACUUCGCGCUCAGAAGGAGGUGGGGACGCUCAUGUGGAUAAGUUUGCGCAGCAGACCUGAUGUGGCGGCUUGCCUUGGGAUAGCGGCUACCUUGGUGGCUACACAUCCUGAGGAGAGUGUGAGAUUGACGCGUGGAAUUUGGCGCUUUCUGAGGGCAACUUGGGAUGUUCGCUUGAUGUUUCGCGCAAAACAUGAAGAGACCCCGUCGCAGGUUGUGAGGAUGACUGCUGAUGCGAGUUUCGCACCAGGCGGAGCACGCAGCAGGACCGGUUAUGCAAUUUUUAUGGGAGACCAUUUGAUUAGCUGGCGCUCGCAAAGGCAAGCGCUUGUUGCUUGGUCAGCGACGGAAGCAGAGCUGGAAGCCACCGCCACAGUUGUUCAAGAUGGAGCCAAAUUCCAGGAGACUCUUUCAGAACUAGUGGGUCACAAGUUGGAGCUUUUGUUGCAGAACGAUAACUCUGGAGGGCUAACCUUGUUGACGCGGCAGAGGUUUUUCACACAAGACAUGCGUACAAGGCACUUCGCGGUGAGGUGUGCAUAUGUCAGGGACCAGAUAGCCGUGCUCAACAUCGUAUUGGAGCAUAAGGGCACGGAUACUCUUGAAGCGGAUGCUCUCACAAAGGUGUUGUCCAAGGAGAAGUUGCGACAAGGCAGGCUUGGACUGCGACUCUUGAAGAAGUGA